CCCUGCUUCACGUCAUGUGAUUGUAGAUACUUUUUUCGCACGGAAAAGUCACCUGUCGCCAAGAAAUUAGAAUUACGCCUGCAGUUUGACAGACAAUAAACCGUGCAAGAUGGCGCCCAAAAUACGCACAGUCGUAACACAAACAUUUCUAUGGCUGUUUCUCGCUUCGGCCAUAAUUCUCAUCCUCUACUUUGUGAUGACUGGCAAGGGCGAGCGCGUAAGCGUUGGCUGGUUCUUGACCACAUCGAGCCCGUACAUGUGGGCCUGUCUGGGCAUUGGGCUGUCCGUCUCACUGUCUGUCGUAGGCGCUGCCCUUGGAAUACACACGACAGGCACGAGCAUUGUGGGUGGUGGCGUGAAAGCGCCACGCAUUAAGACCAAAAAUUUGAUUUCUGUCAUUUUCUGCGAGGCUGUGGCUAUCUACGGUCUUAUCACCGCCAUUGUGUUAUCCGGUCAGCUGGAGCAAUUCAAAAUGGAGACGGCCCUGGCCAGCGAGAGCGUAAUGAAUAACAAUUGGUUCUCGGGCUAUUUGAUAUUCGGUGCUGGCCUUGCCGUCGGACUGGUCAACUUGUUCUGUGGUAUUGCCGUUGGCAUUGUGGGCUCUGGAGCAGCGCUUUCCGAUGCGGCUAAUGCUGCACUUUUUGUCAAAAUUCUGAUUGUCGAAAUCUUUGGCUCUGCCAUUGGUCUCUUCGGUUUGAUUGUUGGCAUCUACAUGACCUCAAAGUCUAAGAUGGGUGAUAAGGACUAAACAUAUGGUCGCUGCAGUUCGCCAACAUUUUUAUCACGCGCCUCCCCAACAACAA